CUGGUCUGAAAUCUGGUCUCUGACUGCAGUUUGCAGCCCCUUCCCACUACUUCAGGUUAUUCCAGUACACUGGUUGUUAUUGGUGAGAAGUAACCUGUGGAGGUGUUAAGAACCCUGAGCUGCACUGUGACUGGCUAUGGCAGACUGGAGCCUACUAGGAAACUUCCUGGAGGAAGUACAAGAACAUUCUACUUAUGUUGGCAAGGUCUGGCUAACGAUUCUGUUCAUCUUCCGUAUCCUGGUUCUUGGUACGGCUGCUGAGUCAUCGUGGGGAGAUGAACAGGAAGACUUCACCUGUGAUACUGAACAGCCUGGCUGUGAAAAUGUCUGUUAUGACCGAGCAUUCCCCAUUGCUCAUAUCAGAUACUGGGUGCUCCAGAUUGUGUUUGUGUCCACUCCCAGCCUGAUCUAUAUGGGCCACGCCAUGCACACCGUCCGCAGAGAUGAGAAGAGGAGGAGCAGAGGAGAGGAGGGAGAGGAGUGCGAGACGAAAGAGGAUGACCCGGGAGGAGGAGAAAAAAGGGAGAAGAGUAUAAAGCAAGCGGCAGAAGAGGAUGAGCAGAAGGAAGAUAUUGGAUCAGGGAAUCGUAUCCACCUGAGGGGGGCACUAUUACAGACCUAUAUAAUCAGUAUAUUGAUACGGACGGUCAUGGAGGUGGUGUUCCUGUGUUUGCAAUACUUCCUGUAUGGAGUCUUCCUCCAUCCGCUCUACGUCUGCCAGGCCUGGCCGUGUCCCCAUCCAGUAAACUGCUAUAUCUCUAGACCAACUGAGAAGAACGUCUUCAUUGUGUUCAUGAUGGCUGUGUCAGCCGUCUCCCUCGCCCUCAGCAUGCUGGAACUCCAACACUUAGCAUGGAGACACUGCUGCAGGCGGUUGUUGGCAAGGCGUAAGGGCAGUGACCCCGGCGAUGCCACAAUGACAAGACAGCUCCCACCUCCAUCAACACCACCACCAGACUUCAACCAAUGUGUGAUAGGCUCCUCGCACUUUAUGUCCCUCCCUUUUCCCCACCAUCAGUUGACAAGUCAGCAGAAUUCGGAGAACAUGGCUGCUGAGAGGCACAAAAUAGCUGCUGCUGUGGAUGAAAACUUCAUCCAAAUGAACCGUUACCAAUCUGGAGGCCAGGAAGCCAGCUACAGUCAAAUCCAAGAGUGUGACUUCCUGAAAUGUGAAGCUGACCGCUACAGUACCAGGAACAGGGAAGACGGCUGCCCUCCAGUUAGAAAAGGUGGCCCAGCCUGCCUGGUGCCGAGCCAGAAUGGGGGACUCUUCCAGAAGGACAACCGUCGACUCAGCAAAACCAGUGGAACCAGCAGCCGAACCAGGGCAGGUGACCUAGCUGUUUAG